GGCAUGCGACGUAUGCCGUCGGAAACGUGUCAAAUGCUCAACAGAAAACCCUUGUGAGAGAUGUGUAGCUUUUGGGUUGGAAUGCACCUACGAGGUGCCGCCAAGAAAACGCGGCCCUCCAAAACGUGCUACUCCACCGCAACCUAGGACCCAUGCGACCUUGGGAGAAAGGCUGAAGACGGUUGAGUCGCUUCUAAGCGGCUUAAUCCAAGGAGCUCCUGCGCAUCUGUCUGACAAGUCGCUACUACGCCCCCGCUCGAUGUCUGCAUCUUCUGCCAUGUCUGGGGCCUUUGCGCACGAAGGGCAAGGCGAUGGACAGUCGGAGGAUGAACACGAUGAGGAUGAGGAGGUUUCAGACUCGGAAGAUGGUGAAUCAGAUAAUCCAGAAGGAGGGUUUAACGGUAUCGCUUUGGCUAUUCACCGGCCCGUCGGCCGCAAAGUUGGAACCGCUAGAGUCAGCUCCUUCAUUGAAGACACGGACGCUCCUACUUUUUGUCAGGUGCCAUGGAGAGCCGGUGUGACCGUCACUGAUCCGAAAAGUGGUGUGCUGGUGCAUGCAGUGUCUUUGAAAGAUCCGAAGAUGAUAGCUCAUCGCAUCAACAAUAAUGCUGGAAACAUUACCAUCGUUGAAGAUGUGGUGUCGGACACAGUCCUAUUCUACGGAAGUACAAGCACGUCGAAUACGGCCGCACUUCGUCAAAGCCCCCGGUUCAACGACGGUGUCAUGUCUAUUGCCCUGCGUUCUGAUGUCAUCCCAGCGAAUCCAAAUCUGUCCAUGGACUCACCGCCUUGCUCGCCCGACCUCGUCCAUCACCUCGUGUCUUUGUACUUUACCCACAUCCACCCUUACUUCCCGAUGAUCGAUCGCGCGGCCUUCACCAGGCAGCUAAAAGAACAGCAAACUGAGCACUUUUGCUUACUGCUCAACAGCAUGUGUGCUCUGGUCACGCAACAAACCCGUUCUUUGACUGCCUGGGGAAUCACGAGCUCAGCAGAGCUGCACCGCGCAUUCUUCGAGCGUGCUCGAUCUUUGCUGGCAAAACAGUUUGAUUGGCCCCACAUCAAUAACGUGCAGGCACUGUUAUUGCUGGCGUUGGUUGGUGCAGGCACCAAUACGAACGCUGCCAGUUAUCAAUACAUUGGCAUUGCGCAUCGGCAAGCAGUCGAAUUAGGAAUGCAUCGGAAUUUGGACAAGCUGAAUCAUCCCGGUCUUGACGCACCUAUGAAAGAGCAAAUGCGAGCGACGUGGUUCUGCUUGUACAUUUUGGAUCGAUACACCGGUGUCCAUCAAGGACGACCCUUCGCCAUCAACGAUGAAGAUUGCGAUACCCCCUUGCCUCGCCAAGAGGAAACUGGAGACGUUGCGAGAAUGAUACGGCACGUCACGCUUAGUACGAUCUUGGGCCAAAUCGCCAAUCACGUCAACAGGCCCACCACUGGACGGCGCCGGAGGAGUCGUUCAUCGAAGGAUCAGCUGGUGCGGGAUAUAGAAGAGCAACUUGCGCAUUGGCACGAUGAACUUCCCGUCGAUCUGCAAGGGGAACCCAGUCGCGAAGUUGGCACAUGGUCGUUCCAUCACCAUCUUCAUGCCAUGUAUCACACUGCCACUAUUCUCCUGCAUCGGAUUGCAACUGGCGGCUUCGGAGGCGUGUGCGCGAGUAGUGCCGUUGCUAUCCGACAAAUUCUUGAAGCCCUGCCGCUGGCCUCACCACCCGUCGAAGACCCCGAGGCUUCACCAUCGUCCACGACUCAGACCGCUGCCGAUUACGUAUUUGUCUUGCCUUUCGUGGUGUAUUGCGGCUUGACGGCUUCCACGACCUUCCUCGAUAUGCUGGUAGAACAGAAGAUGGCCGCACAGAAAGCGGAUGGAAAGGAUGCCAAACCGGGACAUCACCAGCGGAAACGGGCGAAAACGAACGAGAAGAGAGAGCAAGCCGACAUCGAUGUCAAUGAUGUCAAUGCGGAGCUCAAGAGCAGUCUUACGGCUUUCGACCGAUUGAAGGACACCUCGCAGUUUGCGGUAUAUUACGGGCAGUUGAUUGCAGAAUCCCUGAAAGGGCCACAAGCGAAACCACCAGAUGGUGGUCCGCUGAACGCUGCCGCGUAUCCCAAGCCAGCCCAAGGUAUCGCGGAAGGUCAAAACGCACAACCACAAGCCAACUACGCGUAUCCGCCUCCAGUCGCACCCUAUAUAGGGCACAAUCCGAACGGACCUCAAGCGCCCGUCUUUGCUGACUAUGGAGUCCGCAUUGUCCCACAACAGCAAAUGGAGACCUUGCAGGCUCCACAGUUCGUUAGCGCACCCGCCAUGUUCUACCCACAAGGAGGCUUUUCAUACCCGACGGCGUACGCGACUCAUCCGCAACAGCAGCAAAACUCGUCACAAGCCGCCGCAUACCCAGCAUAUCAACAACCAUCACAACACCCCACUAUGCCCGUUCCACAGCAGGAACAAGGGAUCCCUCCACCAACCUUCAACACCACCUACACCGCAGCCAGCAACGUGGCUGCUAGAUCCGUCCCGUCGAUACCGAGCGGCGCGGGUGGUCCACCACCGCCACAGCUCCAGCCAAAUCCCUCUCAGGCGGCCUUCCCGGGACAACCACCACCAGGGUCAUACUACGCCGAUUCGAUCUUUUCCGAGUUGCUGAAUCCAUUCUUCGACACAUCAGGAAACUGGUGGAGUGACCUGAGCGGUCUCGGGGAUACGCCGGCGUGCGAAGGGGAUGGUGGUGUGGGGAUGCCAAAACAGGAGCACCCUUACCAACAAUCCAUGUCGAAUCACCCGAUGUCCAGCGUGCCGCCAUCGACGAACGACGCUUCGAUGGCGACAGCAGGGACUUCCCCGCCGCUUCGGGCCACAGUUGGGACGGGCCCUCUGUCUGCGUCUCCGCCGACUUUGUUUGGCGGGCCAGAAAACUCAUCGUGAGGAGUUCGUGUUGAAGACACGUUUCCACAUUCAUCCUUGCUUGUAAAUCUACUUUUGACUAGUGUACCCUAUACUAUCAUUCCUGUCAAUCUUUGUAGCAUAUCAAAACCCCGAUUCAUUUAUCACCGAAGUUCCCAAUUCCCAAAGGAAAGGACAUAUCUCCAGUAUUUGGAGAGUGGAAAAGAG